ACUCCACAACUGACGCAGGUCUCGGCAGUGGCUUGUUAUAGUUUGACGAGGCUGCACGCGCCAUGACCGUCCUCGCAUGCGAAAUAUCGUCGUGAGUGAUAAAACUUUUAUAUUGUGUUUAAAUAGCAAUGGAUGUCCUCUGCGUUUGUGUUCUUCUCGCUUUAGCUGAAGGUUUGGCAGCUUCUACUUGCGGUUUCCCUGGAGCUCCUGCUCAUUGCAAUGUUGCAUUUUCUGACGAGGGUCUAACGGAAGGCACCGUGGCCACAUACGCUUGUGAGCGAGGGUUCGAACUCCUCGGACCGUCUAGAAGGCUCUGUGAUAAAAACGGCAAAUGGACCCCCGAUGGGAUACCAUUCUGUGUAUUAAAUGUAGCGGCCGGCAAGGCUCCGAUGCAGAUAUCGACGGAGGACGGCGGUGUACCACAGAGGGCCCUAGAUGGCAGCACAUCAGCGGCCUUUAACGCUGAAACUUGCACCCUCACUAAAACGGAACGGGUCCCAUGGUGGUACGUAAACCUCCUCGAGCCAUACAUGGUGCAGCUCGUCCGCCUCGACUUUGGCAAGCCCUGCUGUGGUGUGAACAAACCCGCAGUCGUGGUCGUGAGAGUCGGUAAUAAUCGUCCGGAUCUCGGGACGAAUCCGAUUUGCAACCGAUUCACCGGUUUCCUAGAGGAAGGCCAGCCUUUGUUCCUGCCAUGCAAUCCGCCGAUGCCCGGAGCUUUCGUCAGCGUUCACCUGGAAGGCUCGAGCCCCAGUCAGCUUUCUAUUUGCGAGGCUUUCGUUUACACAGAUCAAGCGCUGCCGAUAGAAAGAUGUCCUCAAUUCAGAGAUCAGCCUCCGGGCAGUACGGCUACGUAUAAUGGCAAAUGCUACAUAUUCUACGACCGUCAGCCAGCUGACUUCAGAGACUCGCUCGGAUUCUGUCGCUCUAGAGGCGGCACUCUGGUGGACGAGAGCAAUCCGGCGUUACAAGGAUUCAUCAGCUGGGAACUGUGGAGACGACACCGGAGCGACAGCAGCAGUCAGUAUUGGAUGGGAGCCGUCCGCGAUCCCCAGGAUCCUGGUAACUGGAAGUGGGUGAACGGUAAAGACGUCACCGUCUCUUUCUGGAACGCCCCGGGCGGGAGCGAGGGCUGCGCUAGGUUUGACGGUAGCAAGGGCUGGCUCUGGGCCGACACGGACUGCCAAUCAAAACUAAACUAUAUCUGUCAACACCAGCCGAAAGCGUGUGGUCGGCCGGAACAGCCGCCGAAUUCGACGAUGACGACUGAGAGUUUCGAUGUCGGAGCGACCGUUGAGUACGCCUGUGAUGAAGGUCACCUGUUAGUGGGACCUACCGUCCGAACCUGCAUGGACACGGGCUUCUACGACGAGUUCCCACCGGUCUGCAAAAGGAUAGAAUGCGGCUUCCCAGCGGAUAUAUCCCACGGGGGCUAUCAGCUCAUAAAUUCCUCUGUUUCGUACCUCUCCCACGUUCAGUACGAAUGUGAUGAUGGUUAUGAGAUGGUGGGUCGCUCGAGACUCGUUUGUGACAUCGACGAACGUUGGAACGGUCCGCCGCCCAGAUGUGACGUGGUCCAAUGCGAACAGCCACCACAGGUUUUAAACAGCCGCGUGUCCAUUACGAACAACGUGUCCGUGUUCGGAGCCUUCGCUGAAUACACAUGCGCUAAGGGCUACAAAAUCCAAGGAGCGCGUAGAAUGAAGUGUCUAGCCACAGGAGUUUGGGACAAACCGGCGCCACAAUGUCUUCCCGAGGAGCGUCCCACAACUACUACUACAACAACUACGACUACAACAACAACAACUACAACCGAGAUCCCUACAACAAUCACCGUCCCUACAACGCAGCUGCCAACCAGCCCUCGCUUGAUAUUACCGACGAGGAGACUCCCGAGACCGUCCUCGCCUAAUCCAUUCGUGACACCUGAACCUGCUAAAACCAGGCCGAGGCCAAAGUUCACGACGACCGAAAGAGCAACAACGAAAUCGUAUGACAAACCCCCGCUAAGGAAAGUCACUGUUCCCGACUCCCAGGAGAGUCAAUCGAGUCAAGUGCCUCACAUCAUCGUGGCCAGUCAUCCGCGAGAGAACCAGGUCUUCGGAAACGGAAAUAACAUAAGGGCGGAACAGACUCCGCGUGUGAACAUUCCGCAGCCGGUGGACGGUGAGAGAAGAGAGACCCUCGGAGCUCGCCUCAACAUCGGCGCGGUGGUCGCCUUAGGAGCCUUCGGCGCCCUCGUCUUCCUCAUAGCCAUCAUUACCACCAUCGUCAUAUUAGUUAGGAGGAAACAUAACGACGGGAAGCGCUACAGGCAUCACGUGUCGCCGGACUGCAACACAGUGGCGUCGCUGGACUCGUCGUCGUCGGAGUCGAGGAGCGGGUUGAACAGGUACUAUCGGCAGGCGUGGGAGGAGCUCCACGAGGCCACCGGCGCCAAGCACGGCCAGAGACGACACGAGCGAGAAGCCCCCAAAGACGGCUCCGAGCUGGUCGUAUCCGAAGUGUACCCGGCGGAGCACAGAGACAAACGACGACACCACCACCACCACCACCGCGAGCGACACCCCGACUGGCAACCAUCACACCGUCCCCACCACAAGCACAAACCUAGAUAUUAAACGUCACACAUACACAUUACUCGAUUAACUUAUUUAUGUUGUUAUAACUUAUAUUAAGAUCACCACCAUCUAUCGGGCGUUCCGAUUAGACAUUCCGAGUUUUAGUCACUUUUGUGACGUCAUAAACUAUACACGCUAUGUUAUUCGCCUAAUAUCACAGACUUAACAUUGAUUGUUAUUAAUAUAUUAUUUAAGAAUGAGCUCACGAAGACUAAACGAGACGGAUAUUGAAAUGUAAGAAAAAAAAUAUCUCCUAAUUCAGCUGCUCCGUACAUUUUCAGACUUGUACUGAAAUACAUAUAUUCUCUGUAUAGAAUGACGUCCGCGUGGUUUACUCUGUAUAUAUUCUCCUUGCCCCAGCUAUGAUUACCUUGAUCUUAUCUUGAGUUACUGAGUACGAUAUCUGUUACAUACUAUAACUUUCGACCGUACAGGCGUUAAUGAAUAGCGAAAUCCGUGUAAAUAUACUAGUGUAAGAUUAGAUUGAAGUUAAUCAUUGUCAGCGUCCUGUAACAUAACUAUAAGAUAUAAAAUAAUAAUCGAGACUAGGAAUAAAAUAUAUAUAUUUCUCAGACGAUACGUCAAUGGCAUUUCUCUUGAAAGUUUCCGCUGCUUGCAGACAAAGCAUAUUGUUUUAUACUGAUGGUACAAAAUAUACGGAAUAAGGAUCUUAGAUAAACAUUCAUUGUAAGUACAACAUUCGUAUCAGCGGGAUCGCUUCCGGAGUAAAGUAUAUCAUGUGCCAUUCACGGGCAAACCUACUGUGUUAAGUAAGAAAAAUUUUAAGCGUGUGUUUAAAAUCUUAUACAUAUUCGUUUUAAGAUAUUAUUUAUAUAUAAAAAAAAAAAUACGCCGUCAGAGUACUUUAUUUCUUGAAUGAAGUUGACGUUGUGUAAUAAUUUGCUACAACCAUUGGGAGUUAUAGCAUACAGAAUAGUUCUAAUGUACUAGAGAUACAUAUAUAUAUAUAUACAUAUGUCAUAAUUAAGUUUUAAAUACAUAUAUGGCUUAGAAGUUUAGUUAAUUAAAUAUGUGAUAUACAAUUGUUUCAAUAAAAUUAUAUCAAUAAAACGA